GUCUCUCAGCACAUCCAGAAUCGCAUCACAUACUAUGUCAACAGCUCUAGUGAGCUGACGUCACACAAACACGCUCUCCCUGAGGCCAGUCCUCCAGCUCAAGUCCUGCGCACGAGGACACGCAAGCCUGCACUGCAGCUGGUUAUUGAGGAUCGUCGUUCAGCGAGUGAUUCAGGAGGCGAUGCUUAUGGCCGCCACGCCUACCCGUUAAGGUCGUUUCGAUCGCUGUAGUCUUGUGUCCCCUUCAGCCCAGCACGCUACUUGUGGCGCGUCACCAUUAGUGGGGACGGCGGAAUUUCGCAUCUCCGCCGCAUCAUCGAGCGCAUCUUCCAUCGGCGGGGGCCCGGGGGAGACGGCGGCGGGGAAGGCCGGGGGGACGGUGGCGGGGGAACGAUGAUGCGGAAGGUGGUGCGGCGGGGGGAGUGGGAGGCGCGCAUGGACGGCGCUACGGUGCGCAAGGACGACAUGAACAAGCUUAUAAUGAACUACCUUGUAACGGAGGGCUACGUGGAGGCGGCGCGCAAGUUCGAGAUGGAGUCCGGAACCGAACCCGGGGCGGACUUGGCGUGCAUAGCGGAGCGCAUGGCGGUGAAGCAGGCGGUGCAGCUGGGCGACGUGGAGGACGCCAUUGACCGGGUCAACGACCUCAACCCCGAGAUCCUGGACACGAACCCCGCCGUGUUCUUCCACCUGCAGCAGCAGCGCCUCAUCGAGCUUAUCCGCGCGGGCCGCGUGGACGAGGCACUGGAUUUCGCGCAGGAGGAGCUGGCGCCCAGAGGCGAGGAGAACGCCGCCUGCCUGGAGGAGUUGGAGCGCACAGUCGCCCUGCUGGCGUUUGAGGACGCUGCCACGUCAGCACCCGCCCUGCUGGCAGACCUGCUGGACGUGAGUCAGCGCGGGAAGACCGCUGCUGAGCUGAACGCAGCCAUUCUGGCGAGCCAGGGGCAGGAGAAAGAUCCCAAGCUACCAAGUCUGCUGAAGAUGCUGCUGUGGCUGCAGGGCCAGCUGGACGGCAGGGUGGCAUACCCCAAGGUCACCGACCUCACCACAGGGGACCUGCAAGACCCUCCGCCCCUCUAGCUAGUCCCGUACUCGUGGGUAUAGAAUAUUUCACAUGAGGCUGCAGGACCAGCUGGAUGGCAGGGUGGCCUACGCCAAGAUCACAGACAUCUCCACCAGGGCCUCAGAUUUCAGGUCAUUUGCCCUGAUUCAGGGUUUUUUCAGAGUGCUUGCUUGUACCUGUAAGAAAUUGAAAGGUGAUGCAGGAGACGAAGUACAGAAUCUGCAGACACAAGUACUUGAAGUAGAAAAUAAUACUGGAAGUACCUCCAAUAACAGCCAGUAUUAACA